AUGGAAUUGGAAGACCUGAUGUCCGACAUCAAGAAAACGGCGAAUAAAGUCAGAGCCAAGUUGAAGGGUAAGUAAGAAAGACGCGUGUGUUUCUACACAGCAAUGUGUCUCUGGCUUCGACGAAGAUAGAUAGAUGUUGUUACCGGAGAGAACAAAAUCUAGAAAUCACCGGCCAUUUUUAUCCAAUGUUGUUGUUCUCCAGUGAUCGAACAAAAUAUCGAGCAAGAGGAGCACACGAACAAAUCGUCGGCGGACUUGAGGAUACGCAAGACACAGCACUCUACGCUGUCGAGGAAGUUUGUCGAGGUGAUGACCGAGUACAAUCGAACGCAAACCGAUUACAGAGAACGUUUAGUACAAGGUGUAUGUAUGCGUGUGCGUGUUUAAUAAAAUUAAUUGUUUUGCGUUUCUACUCUCUUUUAGCCGGUAGGGCGACCACCAACGAGGAACUGGAAGAAAUGCUGGAACAGGGGAAUCCGGCGGUGUUCACGCAGGGGAUUAUCAUGGAAACGCAACAAGCGAAACAGACGCUCGCCGAUAUCGAGGCGCGUCACGCCGACAUCAUCAAACUAGAAAACUCCAUCAGGGAGCUUCACGACAUGUUCAUGGACAUGGCGAUGCUGGUGGAAAGUCAGGGCGAGAUGAUAGAUCGCAUAGAGUACCACGUGGAACACGCGGUGGACUACGUGCAGACGGCUACGCAGGACACCAAAAAAGCGCUCAAGUAUCAAAGCAAAGCUCGACGG